AUGAAGAACCAAACCACCCUUUUCCUCCUCUCAAUCAUCUCCUAUCUCCUCAUCGCCACACACGCAAGAAACCAAAUCCCCACCGGAGAAUCAUGGGUCCGUACCGCCGUCCGAGGCAGCGAGAGCAUCGCAAAGCUCCAUUUCUACGUCCACGACGUCCGAGCCGGCGUUGACGCCACCUUAUACCGCGUGGCCAACGCCUCCAUCACCGACACCUCCCCCACCAGCUUCGGCCUGGUCAACGUCUUCGACGACCUCGCCACGGCGGAUCCAGACAUCACCGCCCCGCAAAUCGCCCGGGUGCAGGGCACCACCGCCUCCUCGGGGCUCGAAAUCCAGGCCGUGACCAUCAACAUGAACUUCUACAUAACGUCGGGAGAGUUCAGCGGGAGCACGGUGACCAUUGCCGGAAGGAAUCCGGUGAGAGAGGCGUCGCGCGAGCUGUCUAUUAUCGGAGGCACCGGCGUCUUCCGAUCCGCCCGGGGACAUGCCAUUACGACUACUUAUUUGCACGAUCCGGAGGCGAACUAUAGCAUUCUCGAGUACACGCUUUAUGUAACCUACACCAACGAGUCACUCUGGAUUGAUAUGUGA